GGGCUGCUCCGGUUGCCCGACGUUUGGGAGAUUUUCGCGUCUACGCUCGUUGCCUCUUCGGCUGGAAAGAUGCCGGGUCUGGCCGCCGCCAGCCCCGCCCCGCCUGAGGCUCAGGAGAAGAAGCCGCUGAAGCCUUGCUGUGCCUGCCCGGAGACCAAAAAGGCGCGCGAUGCGUGCAUCAUUGAGAAAGGAGAAGAGCACUGUGGACAUCUCAUCGAGGCCCACAAGGAGUGCAUGAGAGCGCUAGGAUUUAAGAUAUGACACGGUGGCCUACUUGGUGAAUGAAUAAUCCCUGAGGAAUGAAGAUUAACUAUUUUGGAAGUUCUUUGAUGAACUUUACUAAGUGGAGAAAGUAUUUAUCAUUUAUUAAAAAACAAAAAGAAAGAAAA